CUGAGACCUGUUUCUAUCUGUUAAAAAAAGAGAAAACUCCUGAAACAGUAGAUUGAGGACGUAACCAGAUAGACAGACCUUUGAAACAAAAAUUAAAAACAAAAUAUUUGCACCUAACCGUGGAGAGAUGAAGCUGAAUCUUUUUCUGCUUAUUCUGUUGGGUCAGUGUUGUGUAAUGUUUUGUCAUCUGUAUGAGUAUCACUAUGUUAAUGAGGAAAAAAACUGGACUGAAGCUCAGCAGUACUGCAGAGAGAAACACACGGACCUGGCAACAGUGUCUGACAUGGAAGGCCUGAAGAGACUCCUCAAUAAAUCACCAGGAAGGGCAGAAGCUUGGAUUGGUCUGUAUGACCAAACAAAUGGUACCAGGAGAUGGUACUGGUCUCUGCCUGGAGUGGAGUUCAAUGAAGAUGAGACAGAGUGGAACAGUACAGAGCCAGAUGAUCACAAUACUGAAAACUGUGGGUGUAUUUUAAAAAGUCUAAAAUGGAUGGACAUCUCAUGUGGGCGACAUCAACAUUUUCUCUGCUGUGAUGAACGAAAUACUUCAGAGAAAUUCUAUCUGAUUAAACAAAAGAAGACCUGGUUUGAGGCUCAGAGUUACUGCAGAGAGAAUCACACAGACCUGCCCAGUGGACUGGAUCAGCUCCAGGGUGAACGACUGAAGAAUGUUUUGAGCUCUACAGGUGGAAAAUAUGUGUAUAUGGGACUUAUGAGAGACACCUGGAGAUGGUCAGAUGGAAGCAGUUUCUCUUUCAGACACUGGAACAAAGACUUUGAUGAUGAGCGAUACAACAGUGGUCAAUGUGCCAUGACUGUGUUUGGUGAUGAAGGCAGAUGGAAGACUGAGAACUGUACUGACAGAAAACCCUUCAUCUGUUAUGAUGAAAAACUGAUCCUGAUCAAAGAAAAUAAAACCUGGAAGGAAGCCUUGUACUACUGCAGACAUCACCACCAUGACCUGGUCACCAUCACCAACCUGGAUGAGCAGAGGUGGGUCCAGGAGAAAGCCAAGAAGGCCUCCACUGAUUACGUCUGGAUGGGACUGCGCUACGCCUGUUCUCUGGAUUUCUGGUUCUGGGUCAGAGGCGAAGUGGUCAGCUAUAAGAACUGGGCUCCAGAUGAACUGAUGGAUGACUGUGACAUGUCUGGAGCCAUGAAGACAGGAGGACAACAUAAGUGGUUAAAAAUGAAUGAUCAGAUGGAGUUUAAUUUUGUCUGCUCUGUGUCCUAAAAAGCAUUCUAGUCUGUGUAAAUUACUUGUAGACUAUUGUUGCUUAUUAUAGAUUAUAACCUGCUCUCAAUACAUUUAAACAACAGGUGUCUGAUUUAUAAACCUUGUGUAUGCACAAAAUGGGGCCUAAAAACUUCAUACACCACUUUCCACGUAAAAAGUUGGGAUCUAUAAAAAUAAACUUGAAAGGAAAAUGUGCGGUCCUCACGGCAGCUCUGACUCAGGCGUACGCUCAUUUUGGAGAUGUGGGAAACUGGCGGCACAAGGCAAGUUUAUUUAUAUAGC